GUACUUGCCUGAGCCUUGAAUUCCUCUUGCACAUCAUCAUUGUCCCUUAUUUGUUCAGCAUAUACAAACACAAGCAGCAUAUGAAUUAAAGACCACUCUGUUUUCAUAUUUUUGCAGCUCUCAUAUUAAAAACCAUUGUCAACUGCUUUCAUCUUGACAGGCCUAUUCUCCCACCAUGUUUUGUGUCAAUAACUCACAGUGCUUUGAUCAUGCUGCCAAGCUCCUAUUGAUGGCAACUCUCUUGCAUGGCGCUUUUAUUCAGGCAAAUUGCUUGAAUUUCAGUUAUCCAACCUUCCAGAAGGAAGAAGAUACGAAAGAUUUCACUUUUACUGAGCAUUCAUAUAUUGUCAAAAACGCCAUUCAAGUGACGCCUGAUAUUACUGGAGAUGAUAUAUCGGAGUUGAGUGGACGAGUUUGGUAUAAACGACCAUUCAAGUUGUGGAGCAGACAGAGAGGCAUUGCCGCAUCAUUCAAUUCAACCUUCGUAGUCAACAUCACUCCAAAGACAGAUCCUGGUGGAGAAGGAUUGGCCUUCAUCUUAACUGGGGACACAACUAUUCCAGAUAAGAGUGAAGGGCAAUGGCUUGGGAUUGUGAACGGGAGUACAAAUGGAUCCUCUGUAAGCAACAUAGUUGCAGUAGAGUUUGACACAAGAAAGAGCUACCCAGAAGAUGUGGAUGAUAAUCACGUUGGUUUGAAUUUAAAUAGCAUCUAUUCCUUCAGGCAAGUCCCAUUAGGCAGCCAUGGAGUCAAUCUCUCAAGUGGUGCUGAUGUUACUGUUAGUGUGCAAUACAAUGGGAAAUCAAAUAUAAUGACAGUUUUUGUUUUCAUGACUAAUGGAACAGGAGAAAACAUGACAAAUCCAAUAAUUUCGGAGCCAUUCGAACUUCCAAAACAUCUUCCAGAGAUGGUUUUUGUUGGAUUUUCAGCUUCGACUGGAGAACAGACUGAGCUCAACUGUGUAAGAUCGUGGAAUUUCACCAGUACAGAAGUGGGGGAAGAUUCAUCUAACCUUACAUGGGUUUGGAUCGUGUUGCCAAUAAUACUGGUAAUUUUAUUAGGCAGCUUGGCUUACUGCUUUUUCCGGAAAAGGAAAUACAAGGUGAUGCAGGAACAAACUGAGGAUCCAAUGAUAGAUCUAGAAAUUCAGAAUUCAGCAAUGGCUCCCAGAAAAUUCCAUCUGAAGGAACUUAAAUCUGCUACUGGGAAUUUCAACUCAAAGAAUGAACUAGGGAGAGGAGGGUUUGGGAUAGUCUUCAAAGGAUUCUUAAACAAUAUGGAUGUAGCUGUGAAAAGAUUUUCAAAGCAUUCACAGCAAGGGAAGCAAGAUUUUUUAGCAGAAGUCAAAACAAUUGGCAACCUCCAUCACAAAAAUUUGGUAAAAUUAGUUGGGUGGUGCCAUGAAAGCAAUGAGCUCCUUCUUGUAUACGAGUUCAAACCAAAUGGAAGCCUAGAAAAGUUCAUAUUUCGCAAUAAAAACCCAUGUACAGAAGAUCCAACACUCAGCUGGAAAAUAAGGCACCAUAUUAUCUGCGGAGUGGCCAGGGCACUCGAUUAUCUCCAUAAUGGGUGCACGAAGAGGGUGCUUCAUCGAGACAUAAAAGCCAGCAACAUAAUGCUGGAUUCUGAGUUUAAUGCUUGCUUGGGAGAUUUUGGACUUGCUCGGACUAUUCAACAUCAUGAAAACACACACCACUCGACCAAAGAGAUAGCAGGAACACCUGGCUAUAUGGCUCCAGAAAGCUUUCAUAUUGGCAGGGCUACUGCAGAAACUGAUGUUUAUGCAUUUGGUGUUCUUUUACUGGAAGUUGUCUGUGGAAGAAAGCCUGGAAAUCAAAAUGAGCAGAAUAACUUCAGCAACAGCAUUGUGGAUUGGGUAUGGGAAUAUUAUAGAAGGGAAAGGAUCACUGACGUUGUGGAUUUCCAAUUGAAUGAGGAUUUUGAACAGGCCCAAGCAGAGUGCUUGCUUAUGUUGGGGUUAGCCUGUUCCCAUCCCAAUCCACACCAGAGGCCCUCGAUGAGAACUGCUUUGCAGGUUCUCACAGGGGAAGCGGCUCCCCCGCUUGUUCCCAUUGAGAAACCUGCUUUUAUGUGGCCACCGUCAACUCCAUCUUUCAAUUAUAUUCUAGAUAAUUCUUUUUCUGGAGGCCAGAAAAUUUCAGUAGUUGGUGGGCGUUGAUCCAGGCCAAAACUCUAGUUUGGGUUGCUUAACCAACAAGUCCUCCAUAUUUGUACAUGUAGAUGGUGUCCUUGCAGCUACAGCAAUUUUUUCAUUCUGUUUGAAUUUUUUAUUGGAUUACACGGAGUGACCAACUCUUUGAUAGCUUUGCUGAUGUUUUUUCACAGCAAUAUUUUCAUUCUAUUUAAAU